AGAGCGCUCCUCCUAAUAUUUCAUCAAAAUCCUCUUUCCCUAAGAUCACAAAACUAUCCGUUACCUAGCUAGCAGCUCUCCCAUUCUUGUACCACAAAACUCCUCUGUGGUUUUAGGUUUAUUCUCUGCUAUCUGUUGGAUUCUUUGAAGCUCAGAAAAAGAACAACAACAACCAUGGAAUCAAGAAGAAAGAGUGGAAUUAACCUUCCACCAACAAUGUCGGAAACCACUCUUCGGCUUGACGCCUUUUCUUCUCCUCCCAGCUCAAAGCUUCGAUCUAGAACAAGCAACUUGGGAUCCCCAAUGUCCAACAGGUCACCUCGGACUAUAUCAAACCUGUCAUCAUCCCCAUCAUCCAAAUCUGCUACUUGCAGUGAUAGGUUCAUCCCCUGUAGAUCUUCGUCGAGGCUACAUACUUUUGGGCUGGUAGAGAAGGCGUCUCCUGUCAAGGAGGGAUCAGGAGGAACCAACAACGAUGCCUACUCCAGAUUGUUGAAAUCUGAGCUUUUUGGGUCUGAUUUUGGUUGUUUUUCUUCUCCUGCAGGUGGUUCCCCAAUGAGUCCCAGCAAGAAUAUGCUGAGGUUCAAGACUGAAAAUUCAGGGCCUAAUUCUCCUUACUCGCCUUCCGUUUUGGGGCACGACACUUCCCUCUCUAACGAGGUUUCUACCCCUCCUAAACCCCCUAGGAAAGUCCCCAAGACACCCCACAAGGUUCUGGAUGCACCAGCACUUCAAGAUGACUUCUACUUGAACCUAGUUGAUUGGUCCUCUCAGAAUGUUCUUGCUGUUGGGUUAGGAACAUGUGUUUAUUUAUGGACAGCUUCAAAUAGUAGAGUGACAAAGCUGUGCGACUUAGGACCCACUGAUAGUGUCUGCUCAGUCCAAUGGACCAGGGAGGGAUCUUAUAUAUCUAUUGGUACAAGUCUUGGGCAAGUUCAGGUUUGGGAUGCCACACAAUGCAAGAAGGUUAGAACCUUGGGUGGACAUCAGACAAGAACAGGAGUUCUUGCAUGGAGUUCGCGCAUCUUAUCUUCUGGUAGCAGAGACAGAAACAUCCUUCAGCAUGACAUUCGCGUUCCUAGUGACUUUGUGAGCAAGUUUGUCGGUCACAAGUCUGAGGUAUGUGGACUAAAAUGGUCUCAUGAUGAUAGAGAGCUCGCGUCAGGGGGCAAUGACAAUCAGCUCUUAGUGUGGAAUCUGCGGUCCCAGCAACCAGUUUUGAAGCUAACAGAGCACAAUGCAGCUGUCAAGGCCAUUGCCUGGUCUCCUCACCAAUGUGGCCUUCUGGCAUCAGGAGGAGGAACUGCUGAUCGCUGCAUUCGCUUUUGGAACACAACAAAUGGCAAUCAGUUGAACCAUGUGGACACAGGAAGCCAGGUAUGCAAUCUUGCCUGGAGUAGAAAUGUGAAUGAGAUAGUUAGCACACAUGGGUAUUCCCAAAACCAAAUCAUGGUGUGGAAGUAUCCAUCAAUGUCAAAGGUAGCGACUCUAACUGGCCAUAGCCUGCGCGUCCUGUAUCUUGCCAUGUCACCUGAUGGACAGACAAUAGUAACUGGAGCAGGAGAUGAGACAUUGCGCUUUUGGAAUGUAUUUCCCUCAGUAAAAACUCCUGCAGCAGUGAAGGACACGGGACUUUGGUCUUUAGGCAGGACGCACAUACGGUGAUGGAGUUAAUCUUGCUGUAAAUGGAAAUUGAAACGUAUUACAUACAUCUCUAGUACAGCUGAAGGGCGAAGAUACAUACACAAACAAACAACAUACUAUUCUUUGCAUAUAUGCAUGCCUGUAACAAUCUCCCAGAAAAUUGCGCUGUUUUUCUUUACUUUUUCAAUUCACAAACAUCCAUAUACAUACAUUUCUUUGCAAAAUUUGCCUGUAACAUAUACAUCCUUUUGUCUCUUGGAUGAACAAAGAAAUAUGUCAACUGUACCUCUAUCUAA